UUAGACUAAUAGAAUUAAGUGCAGAACAGAAAUUAGAACUCGCUAAUAAAAAAAUUGAAGAACUGGAAGAAAUAAAAACAAACCUAGAACAAGAAUUAAACGCCGAAAGAGCCGCAGCCCAAGAAUUAUUUACCAAACAACUCUCUUUUUAUCAGAAGAAACACGCCGAUUUAUUUUCUGAAUUAGAAAAAAGACAAAAAGCCAGAUUUGAGAAACAAGAAGUUGAGCAACAAAAAAAUAAACAAAUUAAAGAAAAGAGAAAAAUUCUUUCUAAACUUCAAACACACAGCCAAAAUAUUAAGAAUUUGAAUGCUAUUCGCCAAGAUUUAACUGAAAAACACAAUGUAGAAAAAGCCAACCACCAAACUACCAAAACUGAUUAUCGCAAUACUGUAAUUAACCUAGCCAAAGAAAAAGGUCGGGUCAAAAAGGCUAAUCUGGCUCGGGGCGAAAUCCUGAAAAAAAGCCUGGAAUUAAAAAAUGAUUUAACUAACGCACAAAAGCAAAACCAAAUUCUCCAAAAUAAAAUUCAGCAA